AUGUUGCCUCCAAAGUUUAAGGAUCCUGGCAGCUUUACACUUCCAGUCACAAUUGGGAGCCUAGCUGUGGGGAAGGCCUUACUUGAUUUGGGUGCUAGCAUCAACUUGAUGCCUCUUUCUAUGCUUAAGAAGAUUGGGGAGUUGGAAAUCAAGCCCACUCGAAUGACAUUGCAACUGGCGGAUAGGUCAAUCAAGUACCCUCACGGAGUAGUGGAGGAUGUGCUAGUUAAAGUUGACAAGUUCCUAUUCCCAGUGGACUUUGUUAUAAUGGAGAUGGAGGAGGAUGUUGAAGUUCCUCUCAUAUUGGGGAGGCCAUUUAUGAAGACUGCAAGAGUGCUAAUUGAUGUUGAUGAUGGCAAACUCACAGUGAGAGUUCAAGAUGAAGAAGUGAACUUUAAUGUCUUUGAAGCCAUGUCUCACCCAAAAGAUAUUGGAGGAUGCUUCAGAGUUGAUAUGCUUGAUGAAGUGCUCAUUGUUAAAAACAGAUAUGUCUAA